UGUGUCUUAGACCAGACAAGGUGAAGUCUCCUGUUAUAAUACGUGCUCAGGCAAAGAACAGACUUGAAUGGAAUCUGUUAGCUCUAACACCGGAGAGACCGCACGCAAAAGGAUUACUACUCUUUGGAAAUAACAUAUUUGUCUUACAUUUAGUCCACAAUGGAAGCAACCAGUGAUACCACAAAAAUCUUGGAGAAGGGUCCUGAAUACCUUCGAAAACAAAUGGAAUUGGAGAGUGAGACAAAAGGAGGCAUGAGUGCUGUGGAGAGGCUAGCUGCAAGCAAACUGAAAUAUGUCAAAAGCGAAAAGGUGGUCCACUCUACUCAGGCGCCAGUGAUCAGUAUUGGAUCCGCCUCUGUGAGUAGCACUGGGUCUUCUAUCCGGAGCUUGAACCGUGGUGGGAAUCGUGUCACAGGGAGUAACUCCAGAGAGACUGCAUGUGGUGUACAAAUCACCAGCUCGCCAGGGCAGGUACGUCGGUCCAGCUCCAAAAAACGACCAGACUCUAUUAUGCUCUACAGACAGAAGUGUGAUUUACUGAGAGGGUCAACAUUGGACCGAAAACACCACAUAACACGUAGGUUGCUGCAGAGCUCCGUGCGUAAAAAUGUUUUGUUACCUGAGGCCACAGAUAAGGAGUGUGAAGCUGAGGGUGACAAGGAAACAAUCACAACACCUGUGGGAACAGUAAAGGAAUGCAGCUCAUAUGUAGAAACCUCUCUAUCCCAGCGGAGGAGGAAUGGACAAGCAGGGCAACACAGCAAAGAAAACAGUGGGUCUGGGUCAAAGGUGACAGGUGGGGUUUCGAAGAAUUCUGCUGGUCUCCUAACAGUUCCUGAGGUUGAAAGGAGGUCUGGCAAAGGGGUCAGCCGUUCUCAUUCUGAUAUCAGCUCCAGGUACUCCAAAAACUUCACAGACUUUGAUCAUUUUUUCAAGUACUGUGGGCUGGGCAGUGAUGUUAUUGACUCAUUUGGGAAAGAUAACUUCUCUUCACGCUCAGCUGAAAUUCAGAUCAACAUCCGGAGUUUUAGCACCUCUACGUCAGACGAUGGUUUCUCCAAGAACAGUGGUGACAGCGAUGGAUUAAUGGAAGAAGAGUUACAUGAAAAGAUAAGUCAAGGGACGUCAGUUAUUGAGCGCAAUGCAAGGAUCAUCAAAUGGCUGUACAGCUGCAAAAAUGCUAUAGAGACUGGGCAAAAAUUAAGAGACCUCGAUUGAGAUAACUGCUUAGUAGUUGGUGUG